CAAUUGUGCUGGUUGGAUCAGAGAUUUUUUCUGAAUUAUUGAACACCAAAAAAAUCAGAGUCGAAACAAAAAAUAAAAACAGAACACAGAAACUUACCGACAGUCACACAUAAACACAGAGAUAUUGAAACAGGAACUCCAACUACCAACCGUCCGAUUUCUCCCUCUUUUUUUUUUUUGUGGCAUUUCGUUCUCCUCCAAUGGCUUUCAGCACCUCAACUCACUCUUUCUUCAACUUCAAACUCUCCAGCAAAACUGCACCACCACUUCAUCAGCCAAAGAAGAAACCAGUGACCCUUCUCCUCAAUCCCCGUUUUGUCCCGCCCCUUCUCUCAUCUUGUAACCAAUGCUUCAGGGCCAACUCUGUCACUUUCUCAAACCCUUCUACCCCCAGGCAUGGAUUCAGUGUCAAGGUUGGAUCACAGCCAGAUUAUUCUUCAGGGGAUGAUGGUGCUCAAUCGUUUAUUCCUGAAGCAACCCAACAGGAGGAAUUUUCUUGGAAGUCUGUGAUUCUUCCCUUUGUGUUUCCGGCUUUGGGAGGUUUGUUGUUCGGAUACGACAUUGGUGCUACUUCUAGUGCUACCCUCUCUUUACAGUCGCCAGAGCUUAGUGGCACAGCUUGGUUUAAACUUUCAGCCAUCCAGCUUGGUCUUGUGGUUAGCGGUUCCCUAUAUGGAGCUCUUUUUGGUUCCCUCCUUGUGUACCCAAUUGCUGAUUUCCUUGGUGUGUACUCUGCUUUGCUUUUGCACUUCAUCAUGAGGUUUUGAGCUUGAUCAUUAUUUUUGUUAGUCUUAAAUUUUAAUUGGCUUAUGAAGGGAGGAGGAGGGAAAAUGGGGGAGAGGGGUACAAUUUAUUUAAUUUGAGCAAAAUAGUAGCAUUUAAGCUUAUUUGAUUAGUGAGGAUUAGAGUCAAUAAGGCGUCCUCUAUUUAUCUAUAUCUGAAAUCUGAAUUCAUUGAAUGAUGAAUGAGGUUGUAGUGAGAGAAAUUGAGAAAGUCAAGAAAAGACGGUCCAUACAGUAUGUUGUAUGUUUCGGGAUAUCUCAACAUCUUAAUUUCUGCUCUCAGGUUGCUGAAAGUUUGUCAUUUUACUUGCUACUUGAUUAUAAAAAUGUAAAACAAAAUCUGUUAGACGUUUUUCCAGGGUAAGGCAUAUGUUGCACAUGCAUGUAAAUGGUACAAAUUGUUUUGGUUUUAGACAAUAAGCUUUUGAGUUUUACAACCCUUGCAAGGGGAUUGUGAGUCCAACAAAUUUAGUGUUGGGGGAUACAGUUUGGUUCUCCUUAAUACAUAAUAUAACAAAGGCCUUGAAAUUUUCCUUCAAGGAAUAUGCAAAUGUUUUAUGCGCAUCUUGGCCUGCAGUUUGUAUGAAGGGGCAUUAGUGCAAGUUAUAUGCAUUGGUGCAUUUGAGGGUGUGAUUCCGUUCUUACCGCCUUUUUAGGUUUGAACAUAUGUGCUUGACAACUUAGCUACUCGAACAAGAACGGAACACUGUAGCUUAGCUAUAGUCAAAUCUUUGCCACUCAAUUUCACGCUAUUUACAACAAUGCCAGCCAAAUGGGGCUGGGUUGGGAGGGUAAUUCUCAAAAGUUUAGAGGGUAAUUUUGUUUGUAUGGUUUAGAACGGAUUGCAAUGGGUUAGGUGCGUGCGCUCUCCUCUCAUCUCUCACUCUUCCUGUUUCUGGAAAACCCACAAUCUUUCAUCUUCCUCUGCUUUUCCUCUCUCUGCGCUCCCCAUAUCUCUCCACAUGAAGCACACAAACCAAGUAGUGACGGUCGAAAGCCUCAAACAUGGCCGAGGCGAAACGGAGGUAUAGUGACGGUCGACAACCGCCUCCAGUGUCGAUGAAUUAGGCCGUCCGAAAGCAUCCUCGCUCCGAUUAUGGAAGUUAUUAAUUCUGCAUCACCGGUGACUCAAAACUUAAGCAGAGAAGUGGCUGACGGUCAACAUAAGCUCAUAGCUCUUGCAGCUGCACGAGGAAACUCAAGUGCAGUAAAUCCUCUGGUACCUUUGGGUGGUCU